AUGUCUUUGUGGGUUGAUAAAUACCGUCCCAAGUCUCUGGACACGCUUUCGCACACUGCUCGUCUCACACAUCUCCUUCAAUCACUGGCUGUAGAACCAAGAGAUCUACCGCAUCUUCUGUUUUAUGGACCCAAUGGGGCAGGAAAAAAGACGCGAUGCAUGUCACUUUUGCAAUCGAUCUUCGGAAGCGGUGUCUACAAGCUUAAAAUCGACGUUCGACAGUUUACCACACCGUCAAAUCGCAAGCUCGAAUUGAACGUGGUUUCCAGCCCGUUCCAUCUGGAAUUGACACCAAGCGACAUGGGAAACAACGACCGAGUAGUGAUUCAAGAACUACUCAAAGAAGUGGCGCAGAUGGAACAGGUGGAUUUCCAAUCGGGCUCCGCUGCUGAAACGGGUGGCCUGGCUCAUAGAUACAAGUGCGUGAUAAUCAACGAGGCAGAUGCUCUCACACGCGAUGCACAGGCAGCGUUAAGAAGAACUAUGGAAAAAUACUCCAAAAAUAUACGGUUUAUCAUGCUAUGUGAGUCCAUGUCGUCAAUUAUCGCUCCCAUAAAAUCGCGUUGUUUGCUUGUAAGGACCCCAGCUCCUACUGCACAAGAAACGGUUGAAAUUUUAGCCAAGGUUGCCAAAGAUGAGCAUGUUUCGGUGGAAAGUGAUGCUAUAUUGAGGUCCAUAUCGGACAGCUGCUGUGGGAACCUUAGAAAAGCCCUUUUGACGCUAGAGUCAAUGGCGCUCAACAACGAAAUGGCUCUGAAAUCAACUUCGCCGCUCAUUAGGCCAGACUGGAUGGUCGUGAUUUUGAAAAUGGCCAAUCGCAUAAUUAAAGACCGUUCGGUGUCCCAAAUCGUCGAAUGCCGUUCCACCCUUUACGACCUUUUGGCUCAUUGUAUUCCAGCUAAGGUCAUCAUACAAGAACUCACAUUGGCUCUCAUGAAGGAGGUCCGUGAAGACGAGCAUAGACUAGGAGUAAUAACGUGGGCAGGCGUAUUUGACGAAAGACUUUGUUUGGGAAACAAACCAAUUUACCAUCUCGAGGGAUUUAUCGCAAGAGUGAUGUGCGAAUUGGACAAUUGA